CUCUUCCUAAUCUCCUCCACCUGCCACGUGGGUGAGUGGGAUCGGACCGCGGGCCCAGCGCACCUGGAGAUCGGCUCCUGGGAACCUUGGCCUCUUGUGGCCUCUGCUCUUCCCCAGUAGGUGCUUUCACUGCGCAAGGGAAUGGCUCCUGUGCUCCUGACAACCAGGCCUGGAAGGGAAUCAGUGACAUUCCAGGAUGUGGCUGUGGAAUUCACCCAGGAGGAGUGGGCACAUUUGAACCCAUCUCAGAAAAACUUGUACAGGGACGUGAUGUUGGAGAACUAUAGCAACCUGGUCUCUUUGGGAUUUGCAGUUUCCAAACGAGAUGUGAUCUCUCAGAUGGGAAGAAAGGAAACAUCUUGGAAGCCAGAGACAGAUAUGCCAGGAAGCAGCUGUCCAGAGAGCAAAGAAUUUACUGGAGAAAAACCUUAUGAAUGCAGUGAAUAUGGGAAGGCCUUUCGGAGCAAACGACAUCUUGCUGUGCAUCAAAAAAUUCAUAGUGGAGAGUUUUUUUAUGAAUGUAAAGAGUGUGGAAAGGCUUUCCAGUGGAACUCAGAACUUAUUCGACAUCAAAGAAUUCAUACUGGAGAGAAACCUUAUGAAUGUAAUAUAUGUGGGAAGGCUUUCAAUAUAAAGGCAAAUUUUACUCGACAUCAGAGAAUUCAUACUGGAGAGAAACCUUUUGAAUGUAGUGUAUGUGGGAAGGCCUUUAGACAGAAGAUAACACUUUGUGUCCAUCAGAGAAUUCAUAAUCCACAAAUUCCUCAAGAAUAUAAUGAAUAUGGGAAGACUUUCUUCAACUCAGAACUUUUUGAACAUCAGAGAAUUCAUAGUAUAGAGAAACUUUAUGAAUGUAAUGAAUGUGGAAAGUUUUUCAGGAGUAGGACACAAUUUACACUUCAUCAGAGAAUUCACACUGGAGAGAUUACUUAUGAAUGUAAAGAGUUUGAGUGCAGCUCAGAUCUUAUUCAGCUUCAAAUAACUCAUACUAGAGAGAAAACUUAUAAAUGUAGUGAUUGUGGGAAAGCCUUCAGGUGGGAGGCACCACUUAAAGUGCAUCAGAGAAUUCAUACGGGGGAGAGACCUUAUAUAUGUAGUGAAUGCGGGAAGUCCUUCAAGAGGAAUGCACAUCUUAUAGUGCAUCAGAGAAUUCAUACAGGAAAAGGUCUUCCUACAUGUAAGGAGUGUGGGAAGACAUUCCUGUAUGACUCAUCAUUUAUUGUACAUCAAAGAAUUCAUACUGGAGAAAAACCUUAUGCAUGUAGUGAAUGUGGGAAGGCCUUCAGGAAGAGGUCACAUCUUACUGUGCAUCAAAGAAUUCAUACUGGAAAGGGUCUUUAUACAUGUAAGGAGUGUGGGAAGACUUUCCCCUAUAACUCGGAACUUUUUCGUCAUCAAAGAAUACAUACUGGAGAGAAACCUUACAAAUGUAGUUUAUGUGGGAAGGUCUAUAAAGGGAAGGAAUAUCUUACUGUGCAUCAGAGAAUUCAUACUGGAGAGAAACCUUAUGAAUGUAGUGAAUGUCAGAAGGCCUUCAAGAGGAGGGCAGAACUUACCGUGCAUCAGAAAAUUCAUACUGGAGAGAAUCUGUAUCAAUGUAAGGAGUGUGGAAAGACUUUUCCCUACAAUUCAACAUUUAGUCUACAUCAAAGAAUUCAUACUAGAGAGAAACCUUAUCCAUGUAGUGAAUGUGCAUUGGCAUUCAAAAGUAAAAAACUACUUACUGUGCAUCAGAGAACUCAUACUGGAAAGGGUGUUUAUACAUGUAAGGAGUGUGGGAAGACUUUCCCUUCUAACUCAGUACUUAUUCAACAUCAAAGAAUUCAUGCACAAAAGAAGCCCUAAGAGUGUAAUGCAUGUGGGAAGACAUUUAGACUGAAGGUUUGACUUUAUGUCUAUCAGAGACUUAUCACAACUCUGAUCUUAUUAAAAAUUACUGAAUUCAUACUGGAGAGAAAUCUUAUGAAUCUAGUGGAUAUGGGAAAGCCUUCUGGAGGAAGGCACAAUUCACUGUGUAUCAGAACACUCAUGGGAGAGAAACAUUUUGACUGUAGUCAAUGUUUAGAGACCUUCAGGAGUUGGAACCUACUAUACAUCAGAAAUUCAAACCAGAGACAUUCUUUAUGAAUCUGAGUAGUGUGGGAAGGUUUUUCUCUACAACUCAGCUUUUAUUCUACAUCAGAGAAUUCAUAUGGAGAAAAACCUUAUGAAUGUAGUGAAUAUUGGAAGGCCUUUAGGAAGUAGAUACAACUUAGAUUCCAUUGGGGAAUUCAUAGUGGAAAAAUUCUUUAUGAAUGUGAGGAUUGUGUGAAGGCCCUCCAAAACAACACAGAUCUUACUCAACUUCAAAGAAUUCAUACUGGAGAGAAAACAUGAAUGGACUCUAUGAGGGAAUUCCUUCUUCCUAAAUGUAGAUCUUACUGAAUGUCAGAUAAUUCAUUCUGGAGAGAAAUCUUUUGAGUGUAAUGCAUGUGGCUUCAAAGGCCUUUAAAAUGAGGACACUAUUUUAUGUCCAUCAGAGAAUUCAUAGUAAACAGCUUCCUCAUGAAUAUAAGAAGUGUGGGAACAUCUCCAAGCUGACUAGACUGUGAUUCUGAAUCCCUAGAUGCAGUUCAGAGAGUCCUUAUUUAGCCUCCAUAGGCAGAGGUAAUCCAUUAUUUCUGCAGAAGCUUCUAAAGGGGCAAAGAUUUGGUGUUGUCUUCCCAUUGGCCUUCAGGGAGGGAGAGGUUAUUGUGGCUGAGCCAGAGGGUCCUGAGGGGGAGUGGUGUUGACAGAGCCUUGAUAAUAACUUCGAUCCCUGGACAAAUGGCAUGCAAUAAGCUUAUGGAUGACCUCUUUGUCAUCUCAUGAGCCUGGUGAGACAUAAAGAAUUUUUGACUUUGCUUGUAUCAUGUUCUGAGCUGUGUUCCUGAUGUUGCUCAUGCUACUUCUGUACAUAUUCAUCAGGGUGACACCUGUGAACCCUGAAUAUUUGUAAUCUCAUUAAAUAAAACAGCAUCACAAGGGCC